UCACACACACACACACUGUGAGAGAGAGAGAUGGCGGAGACGAUUUCACCCAUGGAAAUCGAUGAUGCUGAUCGGCCACCAAAGCCCAACAAGGGCAAGAACGUGGUCACCGUCUCAUCGUACGGCAAAGCCACACCGUGGGUGGAGAAGUACCGCCCUCAAUCCCUAGCAGACGUUGCCGCUCACCGAGAUAUCGUUGACACGAUCGAUAGGCUUACGAACGAGAACAGAUUGCCGCAUCUCCUCCUUUACGGUCCUCCUGGAACCGGCAAGACGUCGACGAUUCUUGCCGUUGCUCGGAAGCUUUAUGGAGCCCAGUUCCACAAUAUGAUCUUAGAGCUGAAUGCGUCCGAUGACAGGGGUAUCGACGUCGUGAGACAGCAGAUUCAAGACUUCGCCAGUACUCAGAGCUUCUCCUUUAGUGGAAAGUCAUCUGUGAAGUUGGUUCUACUGGAUGAGGCAGAUGCCAUGACAAAGGAUGCACAAUUUGCCUUGCGUAGAGUGAUUGAGAAAUACACAAGGAACACCAGAUUUUCCCUUAUCUGUAAUCAUGUCAACAAAAUUAUUCCAGCAUUACAAUCCAGGUGCACCCGAUUUCGAUUUGCUCCUCUCGAUGCUUCGCAUGUCAGGGAACGUCUUAAAUAUGUAAUAGAAGCUGAAGGGCUUGAUGUAGCUGAGAGUGGCUUAGCUGCCCUUGUACGGUUGAGCAAUGGUGACAUGAGAAAAGCUUUGAACAUUUUGCAGUCAACACAUAUGGCUUCUCAGCAUAUAACGGAAGAAGCGGUUUACCUGUGCACUGGAAAUCCGAUGCCGAAAGACAUUGAACAGAUAUGCUAUUGGCUUCUAAACGAAUCAUUUACAACUAGUUUUAAUCUGAUAUCCGAAAUCAAGACGAGAAAAGGGUUGGCCUUGGUUGACAUUGUGAGAGAGGUCACUACGUUCAUUUUCAGAAUCAAAAUGCCAUCAGAUGUCCGAGUCCAUUUGAUUAAUGAUUUGGCUGAUAUUGAGUACAGGUUGAGUUUUGGGUGCAAUGACAAGUUGCAACUUGGAUCACUUAUCGCUUCUUGUACACACACUCGAUCUUCUAUGGUUGCCGCAGCAUAAUUAUGUUUUCUAUCUGGCCCUAAGACUGCCAGAUAUCGUUGCCCCAGUUCAAGAAUUCAAAGGAUUUAAAGUUAUAAUCUACUCGUUUUAUGCUUGGUAGUUGAGCAUAUGCAAAACAUAAUGCUUGUCCUUUUCCAUUGUUACAUGGGCAUCCGAUUAUGCGCAGUUGUCCAUUUAGCUUAGCUUCAUUUUGAUCUUUUUUGUUUUUUGAGUCAAGCAUAUUAUGUAUACAGUGCAAAACAGCGUAUCACAGUUGGGGUACAAGAAUGAUAAGGAGUGGUUGUUUGUUCCUU